AUGUGGGCCCACAAGGUCUUUUUCGCAUCUGCACGCAGAUACGUGACUGGCACAACGUCUGUUUCUCGGCUGAAACUACAUCCGGAGCUCUACAACGGAGUGUUCACCAAGUUUGGCUGGGUUUUGGUCCCAAAGACCCAUUGUGCGAGAGGAUGGACACAGUCACAGCUAAACGAGGCACUCGAGGCUAGAUUUGGGCAUUCUGCCGACUCCAAGUUGCCCUCGUUUGAUGAAAUUCAAGAAGCUGUGGACUCCUGGGGAGCAAAGGUGGAUUUGAAUGAGAAGCCAGUGGUGAAGAAGAAAAGUGCGGCAGAGCUUAAGCAUGAGUUGGAUCUCAAGCUUUUCUUGCAACAGCUGAAACAAGAAGGCAGGUAUACGGGAGAGAAAAAGAGGCUGAGGGUGUCACGGGUGAAGCGUGAUAUAUCUAAUGGCGACGUUACAUUCACGCAUGCAUGGAAUUACUUCAUGGCCAAAUCUUAUCCCAAGUACAAGCACUUGCCCGAAUCAGACGCACGGAGCAGGAUUGGCCUUGAGUGGCGGCUGAUGUCCAUGGAUGAAAAGGACGUUUAUAGAGAGGAGUAUUCGCAGUUGCUCCAGCUGGGCAAGGACAUUUACCACGGAGAAAUUGUGGAUCGAGAAACGAAGAUGAAAGCUGUUGAGCGGCUCAACUUGUCCAAGAAAAGAAGCACGGAGAGAAAGCUCAAAAAAUUGGAGGAGUCACAGAAAAAAUUGGCGGGAGAGUGA